AUGGAUCAAGAUACUGGCAGCACCAUUGAUGCUGAUACCCUCAUAUGGAUAAAGGUCCUUCAAGAGAUGUUCGGAAUCCCGCAAGGUCCUGGCCACAAUGGUAGCUCUAGAGGAAACCCUCUCACGGUUCACAUUCCAUGGAAAGAGCUCGCAAAUACGAUUGCUUGGAUGUUCCAAGAAUGGGACAAAGCAGAAUUAAGAGCAACACCUUCGGUUCUUGAAGAGAAGUAUACGAUGCUUCUCGCCACUAGCCGCUUUCUCAUGAUGGACCGCGCUGCUCACGAGGCCAUUACCGAACUUGGUGGACUCAAGCUCCCAGCCACCCGUCGACUACAGCUUGCACAACAGUUCACAGUCGAUGAAUGGAUUAGACCAUCCAUACAGUCGCUAGUUCUUUGGAGGUCAUUGGGCAGCCUUUCAUCUACCGAAAUCGACCAGUUGGGCAUAGGGCUAUUUGUCAUAAUUGCAGGCGCGAAGGAGGCCUUGCAAAAGUACCGCGCAGGCAUCGCUUAUCAGCCCAUGGAUCUUACUGAAGCAGGGGAAGCCAAUGCCGAUCUGCCUACCUGUAGCACCCAUGAUCAAUGCAAGGCUGCAUGGCCUGCUUGGUGGUGGAGGAAUGUUGCCCGCAAGAUCAUCUACCCCGACAAUCCGAUUGAUCUGGAGGAUGUAGUGGAGAUUGUGAAAGCAGGAACAAUUAAGGGGAUGAGCAAUGGGUGUAAGGAAGCAGUAAUGGAGAAGCUCGCUCAAGUUGAAUGGAAUAAGCCAGUGAUUAACCAGGCUGUACUGAAGGCGACAACUUUUAUUCAUUCAUGCUAA